AUGUCACACAUAUAUUCGCAUUCUAAUUUGGAUGAACUCUUGGUGUCUCUUUUGGGAGAAUACAAGCCACAUCUUCAAACACAUAGCCAUAGGAUGAAAUCAUGGAACACUUUGCUCAAGGAGUUUAAUAGGCGAUCUGGAUUAAAUUACAGGCAAACUAGGACAUUGAAAAGGAGGUUUGAUAAGCUUUGUUCUGUUUAUCUUAAAUAUGGUAGCGUGAAGGUAACGAAUUUCGAAACCUUCAAACAGUUGGUAUUUGAAUUCGAGCAUGAACGUCAAAAAUCUGAUAGUACUGCCACUGAAUCAAGUAACGCUCUAAGCAUGCUGGCGCGAAGAUUGGCGGAGACCGGAGAACUGGUCAAUUCGAACUCAGACAUUGGUGACGAUGAUGUGUUGGAGGAUGAUUUGGAAGAGGAAAGGCGGUAUGGCGAUGAAGCUGACGUUGAUAAUGGACCGCAGCCUAUUUCAGUACCUAGUACAGCUAACUUAGAACCAGCAGAAAUAAUUUUGGAUGAUAAUGAUGAUGAUCGAACACCUCUUGAUUCCAUAACGAUAUUACCACAUACUCAAAUGAACCGCCUUAGACACCAACAAUUACAGGAAAGCCAGCAGCUCAGCGAAACAAUACGAGAUAAUGUGUCUAACUCUGGUAGUGCACAAUUUGCCAAUACGCCGAAUCUGGUGGAACGGAACAACACCGAAUUGAGCCUGCAGCAGCAGAUCUUUGAUUUAAAGAAUAGCUUUGACGAAUAUAAACGAAGAGAACAAGAAACGACACGGCAAUUAAUGUACAAAUUGGAUUAUAUAGUUUCACUGUUGAAAAAAUGA